AUGUCUACUUCCAAAAUCUACGCACUUACUUCUUCCCUCUUCGUCUUCCUAACAAUCUUCACAAGCGAAGCUUCUUUUAAUUACACUGCUCAUCACUGCUCAAACGCCACCAUCCGCAACGCCACAUUCCGACGAAACCUCAACGUCCUCCUCUACUCCCUCACCUCCAACGCCUCCCAGUUCGGCGGCUACUACAUGACCAUCAUGGGCUUUGGAACCAUCGACGCCGUCAACGGCCUCUUUCUCUGCCGUGGCGACAUCGUCUCCCACACAAUCUGCCAAGAGUGCGUCACCGCCGCUGCCAAUUACAUAACUUCCCGUUGCCCUAAUCGAACCGAGGCCAUAAUCUGGUAUGACCAGUGCAUGCUGCGUUACACCGACAAGUUUUUCUGGUUCAACAGUGCCGUUCCUAGGGUAACCCUCGAUGACGGUAAGAUCUUCUCCGGCAGGGACCUGGAACAGUUCAACUUCUCUUUAUUCAGCUUACUCAAUGACUUGAGUACGAAGGCUGCGAAAUCACCGACGGUGAAGAAGUUUGCUGUGGGCGAAGCGAUAUUAUCGAGCUCGCCGUUGACGACGCUGUAUGCUUUAGAACAGUGCACGCAUGAUUUAACCAGUGAUCAGUGUGAGACAUGUUUGCGAAAGGCCAUCGAAACUUUUGUUGGUAAUUGUUGUGUGGGAAAACAAGGGGCGAGGGUUCUUCUUGCUUCGUGCAACAUCAGAUAUGAACUGUACCCCUUUUACAAUGUAACGGCUGUAUCACCUGGACCUGUUGUAAGAUUUCCUCCUCCGUCAGAUGGAGAAGAACUUACUCCUCUAGAGUCGUUGCAAUUCUCUUUUGCCACAAUUGAAGCUGCGACAAACAAUUUUUCACAGCUUAACAAAAUAGGCAAAGGUGGAUUUGGGGAAGUCUACAAGGGUGUGCUUCCAGAUAAACGCGAAAUAGCAGUUAAGAAACUUUCAAGUAAAUCUAAGCAGGGUGUGGUGGAAUUUAAGAAUGAGAUUUCACUUAUUGCCAAUCUUCAACAUAGAAAUCUGGUUGCCUUGAUUGGGUUUUGCUUGGAAGAAGACGAGAAAAUGCUUAUCUAUGAAUAUGUGCCUAACAAGAGUCUUGAUUACUUUUUAUUUGAUACUAAUCCAAAGCGAAGGAUAUUAAAUUGGUCAGAACGUUAUAAGAUCAUAGGAGAUAUUGCAAGAGGAGUUCUAUAUCUACAUGAGUAUUCACGGCUCAAAGUUAUACAUCGUGAUCUCAAGCCCAGCAAUGUGUUGUUAGAUGAUAACAUGAAUCCAAAAAUAUCUGACUUUGGCUUAGCAAGAAUAGUUGCUACAAAUCAAAAUCAGGAAAUUACUAAUAGAAUAGUUGGAACAUAUGGUUAUAUGUCUCCUGAAUAUGCAAUGUAUGGGCGGUUUUCAGAAAAAUUAGAUAUAUAUAGUUUUGGAGUUAUAAUCCUACAAAUAAUUAGUGCAAAAAGAAUUGCUCGAUCCCCGAUUUCAAAGAUUUUUGAAGAUCUUUUAAGCCAGGUUCGUUGGAGGAAUCAUACCCCACUGGAAAUUAUGGAGUCAACCCUAAAAGAAACAUACUCUCACACUGAAGUCAUAAAGUGCAUUCAAAUUGGGUUAUUGUGUGUACAAGAAGACCCAGAUGAUAGACCCACAAUGGCCACAGUUAUUUCAUACCUCAAUACCCAAUUGAUUGAUUUGCCAUUUCCAAGAGAACCUGCACUCUUCAGGUACAGUGCUGGGAAAUCAACCAACAUGGAAGAUGGAGAUCGCAGCUCAGGACAACCGUCCAUUGAUUGCAGCUCAGGACCUUCUUCCAUCAACGACAUGUCCAAGAGCACUUUUUUCCCUCGAUAG